UGUCGUGUUACCUUACGUUAGAUUGAGUUCAUAAAUUGUCGCAGUUUAAAAUGACGUCAUCCGCCCUACUUGUGAACUUGCACACCUGGUGGAAUUUCUGAAUGUGCUGUACGUCCUUCAGUUACGAGUUUAUAUUGUAAAUUUCAUCGAUAAUAAAACAGAACUAGUUAUGGCAGAAAUUCAGAAAGUGAUUGAAUCGCAGCUUCUCCAAGCUGCAAAAAUCGUUGAAGAUAAAUUAGAUGAGGAAAUAGGGAAAAUGGAGAGAAUGGACGAAGACGAUCUCGAAGCUCUACGAAGACGGCGGUUAGAAGAGUUAAAAAAACAAGAGAAACUGAAAAGAGAGUGGCUGUCAAAAGGUCACGGCGAAUAUGAUGAGAUUACAGAAGAAAAAGAGUUCUUUGACAUUUGCAAGAAAAGCGAAAACGUCGUCUGCCAUUUUUAUAAACCGAGCACAUUCCGCUGUCAAAUUGUAGAUAAACAUCUUUCAAUCUUGGCAAAGAAGCAUAUAGAAGCUAAAUUUUGCAAAUUGAAUGUAGAACGUGCACCAUUUUUGACAGAUCGCUUAAAGAUAAAAAUACUUCCAACCAUCACAUUAUGCAAAAAUGGCAAAGUAAAAGAUUACAUAGUGGGAUUUGAUGAUUUAGGAGGUAUCGAUGAUUUCUCAACUGAUACAAUGGCAUGGAGAAUAGCACAGGCCGGUAUCAUUCAAUAUCACGACAGUGCACCACCGCAAUCUAGUGUUAGAAGUCAGUCAAAAAUUAUUCGUGGUAAACAAAAUACUAAUGACAGUGAUGAUGAUGACUAAUGCUAUUUGUUUCAGAACAAAUUGCAAUUUUGAAAAUAAGUAAUAUCCAAAUAUAAGGAAGAAAAUUUUUUUACCUAAAAUUUUGUUGUGUAUUUUAAACAUUACUUGAUUGUGUUUUUGUACAUGUUUCUAAUUAUCAAAUUUAUUAAUUUGUUAACAAUAUCCAUUCUCAAAAAGUGCAUUGAACAGAAUGAUUUUGAGUCUCUUCCAUUUGAACAGUUUCAAAAGAAUGUAAUGGGAGAGUGCCAUAUUAAAUGUCUGUAAAAAUGUUAGUGUUACUAUAUUUUCAUCAUAAUGUUAAAAUGAUUAUAAUUAUAUUAUUACUACUACUUUAUAAAGUAUUAGUAUUAUGUAAAAUAUUCCAACUAUUCUGUAUAUUUAACAUA